CUGUGAUGAAUCUGAUCCUAGUUGUUCCAAUACUGAACAGUCGUGAUCUUUACUGAUACUACUAAUCAAUGAUCCUACUUGUUCCAAUUCCAAUGCUCAACAUAAGACUCGCCAUUUACCAAUAAUUACCAAAAUGUGCCACGCCAUUCUCAGCUCCUAUUUUUUCUCUCUUAAUAAAUAAAUAGAAAAAUAACCCCUUUCUAUCUCUCUCUGUUUAGGUUUCACUUUCCUCAUCCAAUUUUCCCUAGAAAAUCCCAAAAAACCAGAUUCUAAUGGCAAAAAAAUCAGCAGCAAAAAAUGAGGAGGAGAUUCUACCGGACCAUCUCCGCUGCGGACGCACCGACGGGAAGCAAUGGCGGUGCAAGCGGCGAGUGAUGGAUAAUCUCAAACUGUGCGAGAUUCACUAUCUCCAAGGGAAGCAUCGUCAAUACAAAGAGAAAGUUCCUGAAUCACUGAAGCUUCAAAGAAAACGGAAGAACGAAGAAGAAACUGUUGUUAUCGACAAUGAGGAUACAACUAGGGCACAGAGUGAGUUCAAAAUGGAGUUGAGAAAGAACAAGAAGAAGAAAAAACUCUCAGAAGGUUCAGUUUCGUUAACCGAUUCCGCUUCUGUUUCUGCUUCUGUUCCUGUUAGGAAGAAAACGAUGAAGCAAUGUGAUACGCAGUUAGAGCUUAUAAGAAUGGUUCUGGAAAGAGAAGUUGAAAAGAGAAAAAGAAACAACAACAACAACAACAAGAAGAAAAAGAAGAAUAAGACAAAGAUGAAAAAGAAGAUGAAAGAGAUAAAAGUAGAAGAAGUGGAAUUAGAGGAUUCAGUAGAAUUGAGGAAAGAAUUACCAAAUGGUGUUAUGAAAAUAUCUCCUGCUUCAAUUACACAACGUGAUGAUAACAAUGUGAGUUCACAUUGUGAUGUGAAAGUUGGUGUUGAUCAUCAUAAGGUUGUAGCUGUAACACCGCGUUACUUCAGGUCCAAGAAUGUUGAUAGGGUCCCUCUUGGCAAGUUGCAGGUUGUGCCUAAUGGACCAAACAUGAAGAAAGGGAGCAUUAAGAAAAAGAAGUGUCAUUGGUGCAAGAAAAGUGCUGAUCCUUGGAAUCUCAUUCAGUGUACUAGCUGUCGCAAGGAGUUUUACUGCACGGAUUGCAUUGAAAACCUGUAUUUGGACACUCAAAAUGAAGUUAAGAAGUUGUGUCCAGUUUGUCGAGGAACAUGCAGUUGUAAGGACUGCUUGGCAAGUCAAUGUAACGGCAGUGAAAGUAAGGCCUAUUUGUCUGGUAAAAGUAGAGUUGACAGAAUACUGCAUUUUCAUUAUUUGAUCUGCAUGCUCCUUCCAGUACUGAAGCGAUUAAGUGAAGACCGAGAAGCUGAGCUAGAAAGAGAAGCAAAAAUUAGAAGGAAAAAUAUUUCUGAUAUUCAAAUCAAGCAGGUUGAAUUUGGCGGCAAUGAAAAUAAUUACUGCAAUCAGUGCAAAACACCCAUCUUGGAUCUCCAUAGAAGCUGUGCUAGUUGUUCGUAUAGCCUAUGCUUAAGUUGUUGUGAGGACUUAUGUCAAGGAAGGACUUCUGGAGAAAUCAAGUCAUCAAUGUUGAAGCCACUUGAUGGUUGUGUUGACAGUGGGGACCAUAUUGAACACGUAUCAUGCCCUCCUAUGGAGCUUGGUGGUUGUGGUAAAGGUCUGCUUGAUUUGAGAUGCAUUUUUCCCUCUACUUUGCUCAAAGAGAUGGAAGCAAAUGCAGAAGAAAUUGUUUGCAGCUAUGACUUUCCCGAAACUUUGGAUAAAAGUUCAAGCUGCUCACUGUGUUUUGACACCGACCUCAAUACUAGCAGGUAUAAGCAGUUGCAGAAAGCAGCCCUUAGAAAAGAUUCAUCAGAUAAUUGCUUGUUUUGUCCCACAGUUUUGGACAUCAGUGGUGAUAACUUUGAGCACUUCCAGAAACACUGGGGAAAAGGCCAUCCUAUAGUGGUCCAAGAUGUGCUCCAGAGUACAUCAAACCUCAGUUGGAAUCCACUGUUCAUGUUCUGUACUUAUCUCGAACAGAGCAUUACAAAAUAUGAGAAUAAUAAAGACUUACUUGAAUCCUGUUUGGAUUGGUGUGAGGUGGAAAUAAACAUUAGGCAGUAUUUUACCGGGUCUCUCAAAUGUCGUCCUGAGAGGAACACUUGGCAUGAGAAGCUGAAACUGAAGGGAUGGCUGUCUUCCCAGGUAUUCAAAGAGCAGUUUCCAGCUCAUUUUUCUGAGGUAAUUGAUGCUCUACCAGUUCAAGAAUACACGAAUCCUGUGUCUGGUCUUCUGAAUUUAGCUGCAAAUUUUCCCCAUGGGAGUGUGGAACAUGACAUUGGGCCAUAUAUCUAUAUUUCGUAUGGCUGUGUUGACAAAGAAGCCGAUUCUGUGACAAAACUCUGCUAUGACUCAUAUGAUGUGGUUAACAUUAUGACACAUUCUGCGGAUGUUCCCCUCUCUACAGAACAACUUACAAAAAUAAGAAAAUUACUGAAAAAGCACAAAGCUCUGUGUCAAAUGGAGUCUGUUGCUACUGAGCAGUUACUAGAACGGAAAGUGAAAGGAAUGGCAUUAUCACAUGGUAAAAAAAUGGAACAAAAAGGCUUGCAGAGUACAAUGAAAGAAGGAAUGGAGUUUUUCAGGAAAGUCGAAAGAACAUCUUGCAUCUCAACUGAAGCUAAAAAAGCUUCUACUCAGUGUGUAGACAACAAUAUUUCACAGGAUGGAGAUUGCGGUAUUUUUUCUGAUUCUAAUUCUGAUUCUGAUCCUGAACCCUCUCUUCACGGGACUGCUCAUACCACCAAAUUGUCAGCACACAAUAAUCCUAGAAGUCCCUUUGAAAGCUCAGACAAUUAUAAGAAAAAGUUAACUGAGCAUUCUGGUGCCCAGUGGGAUGUCUUUCGUAGACAAGAUGUACCAAAGCUCAUGGAAUACCUCAAACGACACUGUGAUGAACUUACUUAUACCCAUGACUAUGACUAUCACAAGAAGAUGGUUCAUCCAAUUCUAGAUCAGAGCAUUUUUCUUGACAGUACUCACAAAAUGAGACUGAAGGAGGAGUUUGAGAUUGAACCGUGGACUUUCCAGCAACAUGUUGGAGAAGCUGUCAUCAUUCCUGCCGGAUGUCCAUACCAGAUAAGAAAUUCUAAGUGUUGUGUUCAUGCUGUAUUGGAAUUUGUGUCCCCUGAAAAUGUUACUGAGUGUAGCCAGUUGAUCGAUGAAGUCCGACUGUUACCUGAAGGCCAUAGAGCAAAAGUAGAUAAGCUAGAGGUGAAAAAAAUGGCACUACAUAGCAUGAGUACAGCAAUUAAAGAAACACGUCAGCUUACAUGCAAAACAUGAUUGUACCAGCUAAAUUAGACUUGCAUAACUUAAAAGACUAAAGUUCUCAUGGCUCAACUUUUCUUCCACAUCUUCAUUUUUGUACAGAUUAAUGCUCAAACAAACUUGUUAAGAUCCGGCAAGGUGGUUAUUAAAUGUUCAAUUUCGAUCUCUAUCCAUUUGUUGGUCCUCUAUGACGUUUAUGCCUUACCUGAAUCUGAAAUAACUUUAUUUGGUCGUAUAUAUUUCUUCAUUUGAUUA